AUUUUGUGGGUUCAGCAUCGCACGCCACGUCAACUCAGCCAUCUUUCGAACUUGACAGACAAAACCGGCAUAUCAUCAUGAAUGUCUUUCGAUUAGUUGGGGAUCUGUCCCAUCUUUUGGCAAUAAUUAUGCUUUUAAAGAAGAUAUGGUCAUCAAGGUCUUGUGCAGGUAUCUCGGGCAAGUCCCAGCUUCUCUUUGCGCUGGUUUUCACCACCCGCUAUCUGGAUCUAUUCACUAGCUUUAUCUCUGUCUACAAUACGUCCAUGAAAGUCAUCUAUAUUCUCUGUGCCUAUGCUACCGUUUACCUGAUAUACGUCAAGUUCAAGGCUACUUACGACCACAACCACGACACCUUCAGGGCCGAGUUCCUGGUCGUUCCCGUCGGAGGACUGGCCUUCCUUGUCAAUCACGACUUCACCCCGCUUGAGAUCCUAUGGACGUUCUCCAUCUAUCUCGAGUCGGUGGCCAUCAUGCCGCAGCUCUUCAUGAUCAGUAAGACCGGAGAGGCUGAAUCCAUCACCAGCCACUACCUCUUCUGUCUAGGGGGUUACAGAGCACUCUACAUCAUCAACUGGCUCUACCGCUUUUAUUCUGAGGGAUUCUUUGAUCUCAUCGCCAUUGUCGCAGGCUGUGUACAGACAAUACUCUACUGCGAUUUCUUCUACUUGUACAUUACAAAAGUUAUCUAUGGACAGAAGCUCUCAUUACCAGCAUAAGGAAGCCAUUCUCUUCCAACUGUACAUGUACAUGCAGAUGACAAUGUCGUAGUGAUGUAUAAAAUUGCUCCUGUCUCACAUAGAGAGCAGACAUUCUCUUUUCCAACUGGAGUGUACUUGCCAUAUCACAUUAAAGGGACCUGACUUGCGAGAGAGGGAGGACUUGCAUAUGAUAAAAGUAGAGGUUUGACUGUUAAAAAAUAAAAUUCAAUUUAGUGCCCACCCAGAAUCUGACCCAGCCCAAAAAUAUAGAUGGGCUGAGAGGGAGUUGUCCCCUAAACACCCGCAAAAGCCACUAUCGGUGAAAAGCAGACCACUGUUAAAUAUAAAUAAUGUCAUUUGAAUGAAAUGCACAUAUUUCUCAGUACAACGCAAUUCCUCAUUGGCAAUUGUCUUCCCUUUCUCGCAAGCCAUGUCACUAGCAUGUGAUACUAUUGGUAAAUUAAAAGUCAUAAUUUGUAUCUAUCAUGUCAUUUGUAUUUUUGCUUUUGUUUUUCAUACUCCAAAUUAAAUUUUUGUUGUAUUUUACAUAAUAGUUUUACACUAAUUUUUGCAGCUUGGAUUUGAUUUCAAAUCUUGCAAACAGUGCACAAACAUUGUGCAAGUCAAGUUAAUCAGACUACUGCUUUAUUUUAGAACUUGAUGAAAUAUAGGUGCGAUAGAUUAUGGUUUUAUGUUUAGUUUCUCAUGAUUUUUUUCUCAUUUGUUUAUCUUUUUUUGAAGAUUUAGAUAUUAGAUUAUCAAAUUAUUGAAAAGCAUCAGUUAUUUGGGAUGAUAACACAUGACCUAACAUUUAUGUAUAAUGUGGCUAAAAAUGGGAAUGUCCAAUUAUUUAAUUGCUAAAUUUCUUGGUUCUUGGUUGCUAAACUUGGUUGCUGUCUUGGUAAUUGGAAAGGAGAAUUAAUUAGACUUUUCAAGCUUUCGACAUACAGGUUCCAGUGUAAUUGAGUUUGAGCUAUGACGUGUUCAUUCUAGCUUUCCAAAGUCAGGAGGGUUACUUGGAGUCUUGGACUUCACUUCUCAUUCUAAUGUUCUAUUAUAUGUUUUUCAUUCGGUUUAAUGGCCAUAUUUUUGGAGUACAUGUGAUGUCUUCUCUUAAAUUGAGGGUAUUGAGAACUUUUCUCACUUCAUGUAGAGUCAAUGCCUUUAUUGCCUUUCACUAGCCAAUAUCAAAUCCGUAAAAAUGAGAAUGUCACAAUAUAUUAUGUUACAAUCAAAUCUCUAUCGACUAUCAUGAAUAACCAGAAUUGGUCACAAACUAAAAUAGAAAAAAUAGAUAAAAAUAGAUAAAACUAUAAAAAAAUUUAGAGGCUUACUACUGGAGAAAGUUGAUGUUAAAUUCUUCAAUUAUUACUGUCACUUUUUAUUUUUGUUUUUUUUAAUUUGUUCUUACUUUUCAUGGAUAACGUACAAUUUUGUGGUAGGUUAAUUUCACAUCGGCAUGUACAUGUAAAUGCAUUCAAAUAGUAACCCGAUAUGUAUACAUGCACUUGUAUUUUUUCCUAAAUAAAACACUCUUGUGCAUCCAUGUACUCUUGUGCAUCCAUGUACUCUUGUCCAUGUUGUAUUUCAACUUAGGGCCAGAUAGUUAUCUUUUUUCUUUACUGUUGUACAUAGUAAACUCCUUUGAUCUCGGCUCUCAAGAGAACUCAUUUUUUUGUGUAUAUAAACUUGCAUCUACAACUGUGGUUUAAAGCUAAUUUAUCGUUGUUUAGUGUAUGAAAGCGGCCAAGUGGAAGGCCUUUGUAUCCUCUUCCAAAUUUGCAUGAUUUUGUCUCGUCGUAUUUCUUUGUGAUAUCUUUUUUGUUUGCUCUCUCUCUCUUAUACCUAAUUAUGAAAUUGCAUAUUCAGUUAACUUCAAGACUUAAGAAAACAAACAUUCAAAAGUCAAAACCCUAUUGAAAUUGCUACCAGUCAGCAACCCAUAGUAUGUAAGCUUUAAAGAGCUCUUCAUUUUAAGAAAUACUUUCAUUGAUCUACAGGAAUUUAUUUUAUCAUGUUUGAUGUGUGAAACAUGUACAUCCUUCCCAACCCCUUUUGCAUAGCUUGUACCUGACUAAAACAAUAACGUGAUAACAAUUUUAAACAUAUAUUUUUCAAGCAUGAUGAACAAAGAAAUGACAUGCAAGUGUGCAUGCUUGUGUGGUACGAUUUACAUUUGUGCAUUUCAGACAGUUAUACAUGUACUAAAAAGAAUUUGUUUCUUAUAGCUUGUUUAUGCUUUUAAUAAAACAGUGCCUUUUAAAGAAUCUAGUGUUUACCGACAUCGAAUGGUAGGGUAUUGCUAUGUCUGGAAAACUUAUCCCAAAAAAAAUCUGAUAAAAAAGGAAAUGGAUUCCUUUAAAACAAAAUAUCUGUUAUUUAUUUAUUCUUCAUAAAGAAUAAUUUCAUUUACCUGGUGCUUAGACAUCCUAUGUACCGUAAUUGUCCUUGCUUUGUUCUGAAGAAAACGAGCAGAAAUGUUCUAACAAGUCUGUACCAAUGCCAUUUGUCUGCCCCACAUUUAUUGGUUGCGUACAUAGAGCUUAUUAUAUAGCUGUAUGGUUGCGUAUGACUUACAUUGUUAGCAAUCAUUUUCUUAGGAUAUCCGAGUCAAUAAAAGCUGAAUGGAUGCACAA